AGUAUAUAAGAAGUUUAUCUAGGCCAUUCUUUAACAUACACCGUUUGGCAUCACAUCAACAGAAAUGAAAACAGAUCGAAGUAUUUGAAUUGAAACCUGAGUUACUUUAUAUUCGCCCUUUGUGAUUUAACAUCUGUUUACCAGGCUUUACCUGGUCUUUAAAACCAAAGAGAUGAGGUCAAUUCUUGCUGUGGCUCUCUGUUUAGUCGUUUCUGUGACAGCAGUUGUCUCCCAGUUUGAAAGUGGUACUCAAGAAACACCAAAACAAUGGUUCUGGAACUCAACCACAGAUGCAACAGAUUCACAAACUGCAGAUGAACUAUCGCCAAAGAACGCAAGCUCUACGACACCUUCUACAGUUUCGGACACUUCUACUGACAAUGGUUCAAGUAAUAAAACAGAAAACCAGAUAUUUUCCCCCAAGGCGUUCGAUUCCGAUGGCUUUCUCCCAGCCAACGCAACCAGCGGAAGGAGUGCCGGUUUAGCUGAACUCUUUUCUGACGAUUUUGCACCAGCCAAUGUUUCCAGAGGACGAAGCGCGAGAAUUUUAGACUUGGAUGCUAUUGGCAACGUUAGGGAAGGCAGAAUAAUGAACGAUGACCCCGGGAACCGUCGACUGAACUUGCAAGGAUUCAUCCCCAUCGUUUCUUUUGCCGGUAAGGAAAGCGACGACGAGCCCAGUAAGAAAUCUCUGGCGAAAAGUCCGAAACGUGUAGAAGAAGACGAUUUGUACUACAACGGACCGUAUCCUCCUCAACCCAUCGAUAACGAAGAGCAAACAAAGUCCCAAAACUAUUACCUUCCUUCGUCUGAAUCACUGAAAAACCAUCGCAAAGGGUACGAGAAGGCUAUAGAUGACAAUAACCAGGAAGUGUUUGGAACAAGGCUCCAAAAUGCGCAUCAGAAUAAUAACAAUCAUGAUUUCUACAUUCCUCCCUCUCAAAACUCGAAUUCGAACAAUCAGCAAAAUAAGCAGAGGUACAUCAUUGCUCCAGAGAAAGAACUUGUACGUUAUAUUUCUGCGGAUGAAUAUCACAAGCGACCCACUUACCAAGAAGAUUCAAAAAAGUAUCAAGGGAAUAAUCAGCAAGAUCAAUACUAUAGCGAAGACGUGACAAAAUCUGCAUCACAGGCGGCAGGACAUUUCAUUGUUUCGUCUAAUUCUAACAAGGACGACGAUGAUGAUGUCCAGUAUGCUCAAGCUGGUCCUUAUCCACCGGAACCAUUAAAAGAGAGACAUCCGACAAAAGACACCACUGCAAAACAGUUUCGACCGGGAAGCAAGCAGUUCGACCAAGAAACACUUUAUGAACUUUCUAACGGCAAUUACAUCCUCAGCAACGAAAACGGCCAGGGUGGAGAAGACAAAUGCAUCUGUGUACCUUUCUACCUGUGCAGGAAUGGUUACCUCACUAAUUAUGGCAGAUCUCUAGAAAAGGAUCCCAUUGAUGAACGGUCAGCAAGAAAGGUGUCUAAAAGAAGUGCUGGAAACCAGACAGAAGCAAAAGAAUCAGGUCCCGAAUCCCAAACCAUAGCACCUUAUACGGAAGACAUCAUGGCCAGGGUCAUAGGUUUGAACAACGUAGGAGACAGUUGUGGCCUCUUGCGCAGAUGUUGCAGAGUACCUCAGAGGGGUGCACCAGGAGGUCUUCUACCAUUCAGUCCUGAUAACUAUCCUAUACCGAACCCAGUGGGAGAUUUAAGCCAACUACCUCCUGGUCUCCUUCCUCCGGGUCUUCAAGGUAUUACCAUCCAACAAAUCCAGGGCAACCAAGACCAUCCCAAUGCAUACAUUGUUAACCAAGGUCAUCCCCAAGAGCAACAGAUCAUUUUAGUUCCCCAAGAAUUGCCCCAACCACCUCCACAUAGAAGACCAAGACCUGCAUAUCCACAGCCUCCUAAGCCUACGUAUCAACCACCCCGCCGACCAAAGCCAAGCAAUCCUAAUCGUUCCAUCAGACCCAUAUAUCCGCAGAAAAGACCUCAUCAACCCCAGCCUGUGUAUCCCCAAGAACCUGUAUAUCAACCUCAACCGAGUUAUCCCCCAUCGCAGCCUGUGUACCCACCACCCAACCACCGACCACCAAAGCCUUUAUAUCCUCAACCUGAUUACUCCGAUCCUCCACCACAAAUCCAUAACGGGCAGUGUGGAGCAAGGAAUGGAUUCGGGAUCCACGGACGAGUGAACAAUCUUCAGUACCACGACGAUGCUUCUGAAUUUGGUGAAUAUCCUUGGCAGGCUGCUAUUCUAUUGAAAGUUGGACCUGGAAACAACUUAUUUGUUUGUGGUGGUACUCUCAUUUCUCAAAACUGGGUGGCAACAGCAGCGCAUUGCUUGAAAAAACAUCACGCCGAAGAACUAAAGGUUCGUUUAGGAGACUGGGAUGUCCACAGAGAUGACGAGUUUUAUCCUUACGUCGAGAAAUUUGUUGUAGAAGUCGUCGUCCAUCCCGACUUCUACCCUGGCAACCUCCAGAACGAUUUGGCACUUCUCCGUCUCGAGUCUCCCGUCGAUCCCAGUUUACCACACAUUUCACCAGCUUGUCUUCCAGAGCUUAACGAGAGGUUCGACAACCUAAGGUGUUGGGUCACCGGUUGGGGAAAGAACGCUUUCGGAGAGCAAGGAGAAUAUCAAAGCGUUCUGAAGGAAGUAGAUAUUCCAAUUCUAAGUCAUAGGGACUGCGAACAUAGGCUGAAACAGACACGUCUUGGCCGCAGUUACAACUUGCAUCCUGGUUUCUUAUGCGGUGGCGGUGAACCCGGCAAAGACGCAUGCACAGGUGAUGGAGGCAGUCCAUUGGUUUGCGAACAUGGAGGAACAUGGAAAGUCGCCGGUCUGGUGUCCUGGGGCAUUGGUUGUGGACAACCAGGCGUUCCAGGAAUAUAUGUCAAUAUGGCGAAAUACAGAAGCUGGAUAGAUACUGUGAUCCAUCGUUUCGGAUAGUACGUCGAUCCUCUUCAGAAACCAUAUUUGUUAAACGAAACGCAUUUCUAACUCAUAAUCUCAUUCCAUCGACGUGUCUUGUCUGCUGGUAGACAAUUUAAGUUUUUAUUUGUAUUUUUACAAUGGUAUUGUAAUUACAAGGCUCAUUAGUAAGUUACAUUAUCGCGAAUUUUUUUUUAAGAGCUGAUCUAAGGAAUUACAAAAUUUCAACUUGAUGAUUUUUUUCUCCGCAAUAUUUGCUAAAAGUGAUGAUGCGUCUAAGGCCGUUGGACACUUUUCUUGAAGUUUCACAAUAAGCUGCGAGACAAACUGAUUUUUAAAAGACAAAUUCGUUUAUCAUUUAUUUAGAUAUAUCCGAGUUCCCAGUGAGUUAAUUGUUGAAUUUUUUGAAUUUUCGUCAAAGUCCUGGUCAUUAGUAGAAAAAAAUAGGGUGAAUUUUAACAAUGUUGAUUACAUAUGCUUUCCUCAAACUUACAUUUAAAAGCAGUUAUAGAAUAAAAUGUGCAAAUCGUUGCUGAGAGUUGCAGCACUAUUUAAUUAUCACGUAAAAUAAACAAAAAUUGGUUAAAGUCAGCACAAAUAAAAAUUUACUAGCUGUUGUUUCGUUAGAAAUAGCCCAACACUAUCAAAUCGUUAUUGCCACAAUAAACACAGCAAAAGUCGAAAUAUAUUUAAUGUGCAUUCUAACAGAGAUGGGACGUGGAACAGGUUCCUUCGUUAGACCACAUAUUCCAAACUGCACUUCAAAUACUAAAAUGUCUGCUGUGUUUAUCGUAGCAACAAUUCUUUGACAAAUAAAUCACUACUUUCAAAUAAACAGCGAGUACCGAUUUUUUCUGUGCUGUACAAGACUGUAAAAACUGUACAAACUUAUUUUCCUCAAAUAUCAACCUAAAGACUUUUGAAAUAACGAAUUAUUUCAUCUCCUCAUAAAUGAAUCACAUCACUUUGAAGCUCGUUCACAUCAAAGCUUUUUCCUGAGCUUUUUUUUCUGGUCUUUAAUACAUUAUUCUAUGUAGUUAUCUCCUCCUUGAGCAAAUGCUAAACUUCUUUAAAGAGCAUUUUUAUUCACUUGUAAAUAUUAAAAAAAAAACGGAAUAAAAAAUGAGAUUUCGGAAAUAUGUUAUUAGAAACAGCAUCAUUUGCUUCUCUGGGAAAAACUGCUUUCUGCUUUGGCAGUUUAGAGCCUUGUAAUGACAAUACUACUUGAUCUGUCUUCUGAGCGAAAUCACGCUAUCCAAAUACAUGAUCUGCAACAUGGAGGAAGUAACAUGUAUGCCAAAUUGGUACAAGAAAAUUCUACGACCGAUACCACAACUUCUUCUCUUCGUUGCAGCUUGUAUCGAGGAAAAUGCCAGAGUUAUUGUCAAAAAUGCUUUCAUAGUUUUGCAUCCUGUUUAUAUAUUUGUGUGUAGUCCAUCAACUGUGUAUUUAUUUUAUUGAUUCAUGUGAGAUUUCCUAAACACGAUAAUAAAGUUUAUAAUACUUGCCGCUAUGUUGUUGUCGCAUAUAUAUUUAAAUUUUGUAUUUGUACUUAAGUUAUACCCUCAUCUCCUCAGCAGGGAGAAAAUAAAGUUAAUAUUUCACGUUU